CCCCCGCCCGUGCCCCCCCCAGUCCUCCCGCCCCCAAGGGACGCGCUGAUGGCCGCCCCACGCCGCAGCAAGAUGCGCACCUUCCACUGGACGGUGAUCCCGGCGGAGCGGGUCCGUGGGCGCCCCAGCGUGUGGACGGCCAGCAGCCGGCAUGACCACACCCCCCUGGACGUGGAGCACCUGGAGGAGCUCUUUGGGGAGCAGCCGGGCUGGGGCCCACGGGGGCCCUUGUUGCUGGGCCGGCCCCAAGGCCAGGUCUCUCUCCUGGACUCAAAGAAGAUCCUGAACUUGGAGAUAUUUUUGAAGCAGUUUAAGAGGCCUGUGCAGCAGAUCGUGGCCGAUCUCUGGGCCGGCGCCGGUGCCCUGUACGGGGCUGAGAAGCUGCUGGAGCUGUGCAAGAUGCUGCCUGAUGCGGACGAGCAGGUCAAAAAACUGAGGGCGUUCCAGGGCCCCUGGCGCCAGCUCUCGGAUGCCGAGACCUUCUCGCUGCUGCUUGUGGGGGUUCCCAGCUACGCCCGGCGCCUGGAGUUGCUGGUCCUGAAGGAGGAGUUUUUCCCCCAGCUCAACUCGCUGAAAUCCUCCAUCCAGAUCCUGACCGAGGCGGCUCGGGAGCUGCUGGGCUGCGAGGAGCUGCACGUCGUCAUCCGCCUGGUCCUGAGAGCUGGCAACUACAUGAACAUGGGGGGCUAUGCUGGCCAUGCCGCAGGCUUCCGGAUGGCCUCUCUCCUCAGGCUGGCAGACACCAAGGCCAACAAGCCAGGCGUGGACCUGCUGCACUUCGUGGCCAUGGUGAGUGGGGAAGGGGGCUCACCCCCAGAGUCAGGGCUGUGAGGGGAGAACAGGGACUCAGGAG